CGUAUGUCCAGUCCCCUCCCACAAUGCAUCUCUUCCAUUGGCUCGGCUUCAAUUUAAUCAGCUGAACCAAGCUUUAUCAAACAAAAUAUUAUAAUUGUUAUAUAUAAAAAAAAGUUAAAAUUAAGCUUUUUCGUUUUAUAGCACGUGAUUGUAGUUAGACUUACAAGCGGAAGUGAAAUAUCCUGUUAAAGUUGCGGAUAGUAGGAUGCUUUUUAUCAUCUGCUAGCUCUUUAGCUAGCAGUGACGGGGAAAGCCGAGUGGGAUUCUACUAGUGUCGUCAGACGACUCGCCCCAACACGUAUACACAAAGGAAAACGUUAUUUUCCUAAACAAAUCUUUUUUAUAUGUUUUUCAACUGAACGUGGUUUUACUUUUCGGAGCUCCGUUGGUGAGUGAUCUAGCCAGGAGUCAGUUUGUUGGCUCUGGCUAACUUUAGGCAUUUGUGGAAAACACGAUGAGCACCGAAGAGACCGCAGCGGCCAACAAAACCACUCCGGAGGAUGAUGGAAUGACCUGGUGGUACAGAUGGCUCUGCAAGACAGCAGGAGUUUUAGGAGGAGUGUCCUGUGCCAUCUCAGGAGUGUGGAACUGUGUCACAGUGAACCCUUUAAAUAUCGCUGCUGGAGUAUGGAUGGUGUUGAACGCCUUCGUGCUUUUCCUUUGUGAGGUUCCGUUCUGCUGUCAGUUCAUAGAGUUUGCCAACGCAGUGGCGGCGCGUGCAGACAAACUCAAACCCUGGCAGAAAGCCAUCUUCUACUGCGGGAUGGCAUUGUUUCCUAUUUUCUUGAGUUUCUCCUUCACAACGUUGUUUGGGAACGCCAUCGCCUUCGCCACAGGAGUCCUGUACGGCCUCGCAUCUUUAGGCAAAAAGGGAGACGCAGUGACGUACGCCCGGCUGCAGCAUCAGAAGCAGGGAGACGAGGAGAGGAUGACGGGGACGGCGAACGGCGCUCCGGAGUAAAAGGACCUUCAUCUUCGCCCCACUUAUGGUCGGGUUUCCUCCGUUGGUUCUCGUGUGAUUUUUCUCCUCAGUUCUGUCCUCACACACAUCUGAUGUUUUUAUUUAUCGUCUUAAUCUGCUGCAGAGUUUCAGUGGUCAAGCAGACUGAUGCUAAAAUCGACUCAUUUGUCUUGAGCGGUCGGCUUUUAUCAUCAUUAUUUAUUUAUUUUAAAGGUUUUCUUUGAUUCUUGUUGUUUUUUUUCCCUGAAGCUUUUGACCGUUUGAACUAAUUGUGAUUGUAAAAUAUUACUUGAAUUCAGGGCUGCCAUCCAGAGUGAUGUCAGAUCAAAAAAGCUCUUAAUCAGCAUUUGAAACAUCUGGAACAAUGUUUUACUGACAGAACACAAAGAACUAAGUACUGAAGUAUUUGUGGAAGCAUGACUGAUGUGUCGGAUCCAGACUGUGUUCAGCCUGUCCACAUGUCCAAACUGAAACCUGAUUUCCUGUGAUGUCAUUCUUGCUCUUUUUCCUUUGAGGCUGCCGGUUCUCCACUCUGUUUUAGCUGCCGGGUAGAAAUAAUCUGUGGUAAAUUAUGUACUUAACCUUUUUUUUAUGUAACCCAUUUUAUGGUUAAAACUCUAAUUUAAUUACUGACACUUUGUUUUGGACCUUAAUACAUUUUUUUCCAGUCCGUGGAUCCUCUCAACCUCUAAAUGUGACCAUUUUUUAAUUUAUUUUUGUUUUUUCCGCUACUGAAACAACCUUUUUCACUUGAGUCUAAUCGGUGGAAACGGGGGAAUUUUGGAACCUGUAAACACUGCAUACAGUUCAGCUAAAAUAAACUUUUCAAUCCGAAGGGAAAACCUUGUUCAAAUCCUGAGUUUUGAGAUCCACCUGGACUUUUUAAAAUGCAGCAUGAACCCUUCAUUCAUAAGCAGCCAAUUACCUCUGAGCCUUUAAAGAGUAAAUAAAAGAACCUAAUCAUAGAAAGAAAACCAAAAAUCUGUAUUUUCUUGACAGAAGUGCUUUUAUUUUGAUGUUGGUAAACAAGAAAAUGUAGAUUUUCUUGACAGAAAUGAAUAAAAGUCUGGUACUGUUGAGCCUCUUAAAUCUGUUAGUCUUAGACCUCAAUAGUGCAAAAAAAGUAACUACUCAGUCUUAAAAAUACAGAAUAGCAACUUCUCUACAUUAGCUUUUGACAAAGUAGAAAAAAUGUGAAUGUUUUUACUAUAUAAUUUCAGACGAAGCAACUCAUUCACACACAAAUCUCCCAGUAAAAAAAAGAAAAGAAAAAGAGAAAAGUGGAGAAUCCCUUGAUAUAAAUAACCAAUCAGAAGGCUGAAUAUUACACGUUUAGACAAACACAAUCCGAUUCUAAAAAUUUUUUCCAGCCUUACAAGAAAUGUGAAAGCAGAUUCAAGUGUUUUAUUUCUUUUUAAUUUAGAUAUUCUUUGAAGGUGAUAUUUUUUAUGUUUAUUCUUUGUAAUAAGUUGAAGGUUGUUUUCAUUUACCUAAAAGUCUUUCAGCAUCAAAGAUCAAAUAUUCGGGAAGAGGUAUUACUUUGACUGAGAUUGGGAGAAUUUUUAUUUUUUAUUUGAGAAAAAAAAAAACUCUGAACGACAGCCUAAAGAACAUUUAGAGGAAGAACGAGGGGUGUUUUCAGUGUUGGGGAAUGUAAUUGAUACGCCCAAAGACCAACACCUGAUGGUUUUACUGAACGCUUUUGUACCACGUCAAAUUCCAGUCACUUUAAACUCAGUCCAGGCACCCUGCACUUAUGUCUUUUGUAGCAUUCAGCCCACACGUGUAUCAGAAAUGACUGCUGCUGAGCUGUGGCAGCUCGUUAUGCAACUUUAUUUAAAAUAUGAUCAGAAAGGGAGUUUUUCAUCUGCAAUCCAAAUCCUUUGUAUACUGUUUACUAUAAAUUCCUGCAGAUCUACUUUAUCAGAACCAGUCUUCAGCUUAAUGUCACCAGCUUUUGGAUUCAAGCAUUACAUUUGAGCGUUCUAAAAUUGAAUCUUCUGUAACCUUUGUCCCUGAACACACUUUUUGCAGCCAUUUCUUGUUUUUGUCAGUAUGAAGCUGUAGAGACCCAGCAGCUCUCAGGUAUCACAAAUCCCUUCACUUGAAUCAAGCUCCAGACACACGGGGCACGGUUGGAGUUGGUCGCAAAGUGUUUUUUAAAAAGGGGUAAGCUCAAAAUGUGUCUUCUGUAUUUGACAAAGCUGUGAGCUGCUGUCGUGGUUUAACAAGAAUUCUGUUGAGUAAACUCAGACUAAUCCUUCUGGUGUGAAUCCCAAAAAAAGAUCCCUUCACUAAAAGACUGACACACAAGAAUCAAGACAGAACUUCUUCUCUUUCAGUCUCUGAAUCUUGCAAUUUCAUACAAAAGAUCAUCUUUUGAACUAUUUUCAAAGCGUAGCUUGCAGCCCAUCUAUUGUAUUUUCAACGAAAAGUUGUGUUUUCUUCUCAGAAAUACAAUUUUGAGCUCAUCCGAAAAGAGCCACAAGAACAUGAUUUAAAGCCCGAAAGCACAAGUUUCAUUGGAGUGGUUCUCUAAAUGAUUCUCAAGGAGUAAAGUUCUCACAUCAGUUAUGUAAGCUCAACAUUCUUUUGUCUUAAAGUAAACUGACACCCCAACUCCAUUCAGUGCAGGUGUCAAGGGAAAGGGUGGAAUAUUCCUGUUGGCUUUCAUUUACAGAAACUGCUGCGUUUCAGUCAUGCAGCUGAUAAAUAAAAAAAAAAAUAAAUCUGAUAUGUAAUGUCCAACACAACCCACCCAUCUCUGCUGUUUCUGAGCCUUCAGUUUAAAAGCAUUUGUGAAACACAACCAGCAUCGUUACAGUUUUAAAGUUUCCACCUUUUCUUUCUGUCCCCAUCAUAAACCUGAGACUCGAACUGACAGUUUUUGCAUCUCCAGGUGUUGAAUGUAUGUUUUACCUUAAGGGAUUGUGUAUGUGUACAGUGUGUGUUGUUGUGAUUUGAACCCUGCUCCUGUUUUGAAGUUGUGCAUUAAACAAGCUUGCUACAUUC